AUGGAGGAGCUGACGGCUUUUGUAUCCAAAUCUUUUGACCAGAAAAGCAAGGACAGCAGCGGUGGCGGCGGCGGCGGCGGCGGCGGCAAGAAAGAUUCGAUCACGUACAGGGAAGUUUUGGAGAGCGGACUGGCGCGCUCCCGGGAGAUGGGGAGCUCGGAAUCCAACCUCCAGGACAUGACGGAGGGCAGCGGCCACUGUCCGGUGCAUUUGUUUAAGGACCACGUGGACAACGACAAGGACAAACUGAAAGAGUUCGGCACGGGGAGGGCUGCGGAAGGCAUUUACGAAUGCAAGGACAAGCGCGAGGACGUGAAGUCGGAGGACGAGGAUGGGCAGACCAAACUGAAGCAGCGGCGGAGCCGCACCAACUUCACGCUGGAGCAGCUCAACGAGCUGGAGCGACUCUUCGACGAGACGCACUAUCCCGACGCCUUCAUGCGCGAGGAGCUGAGCCAGCGCCUGGGGCUCUCCGAGGCGCGCGUGCAGGUUUGGUUCCAGAACCGGAGAGCCAAGUGCCGGAAACAGGAGAAUCAGAUGCACAAAGGGGUCAUCCUGGGCACAGCCAGCCACCUGGACGCCUGCAGGGUGGCGCCGUACGUGAACAUGGGCGCCCUGCGCAUGCCUUUCCAACAGGUCCAGGCCCAGCUGCAGCUGGAAGGAGUGACGCACGCACACCCGCACCUGCACCCGCACCUGGCGGCGCACGCCCCCUACCUCAUGUUCCCGCCGCCGCCCUUCGGGCUGCCCAUCGCGUCGCUGGCCGAGUCGGCCUCGGCCGCCGCGGUGGUGGCCGCCGCCGCCAAGAGCAACAGUAAAAACUCCAGCAUCGCCGACCUGCGGCUCAAGGCGCGCAAGCACGCAGAGGCCCUGGGGCUCUGA